UCAAAUUUUAGGGACAGCUGCGUGGGUCUUCUUUUCCAACUGAAGAAAGUAUUAUUUUCCCUGCGUUUCUUCACUUCGCCUUGUUCCGCGCUGCGGAGCUGCAGUGAUGUCAGCCUGCCUGGGUGAUUUGAAGGUCAGCAGCCUCGGAAGGGUUCAUACAGAGUUCACCGGCAUAUAUUAAGCAUUUCAAUCUUUCACUCUCUGUGGCAAAACUAGUUGGAAAUGAGUUGCACGGGGGGUGGAUAACCCAUUCGUCAUCGCAGAAGAAACGUGAGCUUUUAAACGCCGUCCGUGGUUCUUUUUUAUUAUUAUUAUUACAAGAGACAAAUUCUCCCGUUCGCGCGGGUUUUACCACCGCUCCCAAUGCGAGACGGGGCGAUUUCCAAAAAACAGGUCGGAUUAUUGUUAUUAUUAUGGAGUCUUCAGAGGUUCGCGGCAGGGCGGAGAGUAGACUCGGUGCAAGAAAUGAGGAUUUAGAAAAAGCGGCGGAGCGUUUCGGACUGAAAUAAUUAGUGAUUCCAGUGCGGGACGAAGGAGAAGAAGAGGAACGAAAUCCGCCGUGCCAAGGAGAGGGGGAGGGAGGGGGAGAGGAGUUCGACGGAGUUGCUUGCGCUUAUGUCGGCGAUUUUUAUCCAUCACACACAAGAGUAGUUGAACGAAGAGCCUCUUAUCAUGUUUGACUGCAUGGACAUGCUGACCGUAAGUCCCGGACAGAUGCUGGAUUUCUACACGUCCAGCCCGUCCUCCUGCAUGUUGCAGGAGAAGGCUCUGAAAGCAUGCAUCAGCGGACUGGCGCAUAGAGAGUGGCAACACCGCCGGAGCGCACACUCCAUUGAAACACAGAGCACCAGCUCUGAGGAACUUGUCCCCAGCCCACCAUCCCCACCACCCCCUCCUAGGGUGUACAAGCCCUGCUUCGUCUGCCAGGACAAAUCCUCUGGAUACCACUAUGGUGUCAGUGCCUGUGAGGGCUGCAAGGGUUUUUUCCGCCGAAGCAUCCAGAAAAACAUGGUGUACACGUGUCACCGGGACAAGAACUGCAUUAUCAACAAGGUGACGCGGAACCGUUGUCAGUAUUGCCGCCUACAGAAGUGCUUUGCAGUUGGAAUGUCCAAAGAGUCUGUUCGAAAUGACCGGAACAAGAAGAAGAAGGAGAGCCCAAAGCGGGAUCUGGCAGAGAGCUACGAGCUGACAACUGAGCUGGAGACAAUCAUUGAAAAGAUCCGUAGGGCUCAUCAAGAAACGUUCCCCUCCCUCUGCCAGCUUGGCAAGUACACGACGAACUCGAGUGCAGACCACCGUGUGAGGCUGGACCUAGGACUGUGGGACAAGUUCAGCGAGCUGGCCACUAAGUGCAUUAUCAAGAUUGUGGAGUUUGCCAAACGAGUGCCUGGCUUCACGGGGCUGACCAUUGCAGACCAGAUCACACUACUGAAAGCUGCCUGUCUCGACAUUCUGAUCCUGCGCAUCUGUACAAGAUACACUCCUGACCAGGACACCAUGACCUUUUCAGAUGGGCUGACCCUCAACCGGACGCAGAUGCACAAUGCUGGCUUCGGUCCGCUUACUGACUUGGUGUUCACUUUUGCCAACCAGCUCCUGCCCAUUGAGAUGGAUGACACAGAAACAGGCCUCCUCAGCGCUAUCUGUCUCAUCUCUGGAGAUCGUCAGGAUCUCGAGGAGCCCUCUAAAGUGGACCAGCUGCAGGAGCCACUGCUUGAAGCUCUCAAGAUCUAUGUGAGAAAGCGUCGGCCAAGUAAACCACACAUGUUCCCCAAAACCCUGAUGAAGAUCACAGACCUGCGCAGUAUCAGUGCUAAAGGAGCAGAGCGAGUCAUCUCUCUAAAAAUGGAGAUCCCAGGGUCCAUGCCACCGCUAAUCCAGGAGAUGCUGGAGAACUCAGAGGGCCAAGAUAGCCAGAGCAGCAGCAGCAGCACUUCAGCUGAGGUGGGGCCCAGACUCAACAGCAAGGGAAAUCGCAGCAAGGAUGCUGCUACUGUGGAAUCCCCUAAUUCCUCAGACAACGAGGAGGGUGCUGCCACGCCACCCAGAAUCGAGCCCUAGGAGGCACCCGGGGGCCUCGGAAACUCUCUGGCAUUACUUUGCUCAAAAACAUGGGCAAGAUGUACAUCCCUUAAAAUCUACCUAAGCUUGAUAUUCCAUUUUCCGUCCAUUUUGUCCCUAUUUUUCUCUCCAAUUUCCCCACAAUUCUUUCAUUGAAAAGAAUAUAACACAGAGGCCUCAAAGGAUCCCUGCUUUGUGUACAUUUCUGAAUUGAGCUCUUAUUUGACAUGCCUCUGGGACUGUGACAGGAAGGGCAUCGCUCUCACAAACCAGCAGAGAUAAUACUCCUCAGGUCUCCUGUGUAAAUUCUUAUCUGCAUGACGGGAGUUUGAUAAGUGUUUUCUCUGGCUCGCUCAGUCUUUCUCUGUCAUCUGUUUUCUUCUCUUGUAUCGUUGGCACAUACGCAUUGUACAUAUCAUUGAAUGGUUAGGUCUCUGUUUCUAAGAUGAAUUUUGUGGUGCUUUAUUCAUUGUCUCUGAGGUGACACAUCGAGGAUUAAAGCGGGGCUCAUUUUAAGUCCUUCAAAAAGUUAUCUAGAACGUUACUGCAUAUAGACAUCAUGGAAGUCUAAUAUUUUAUAUUUCUUAUUAUAUUUAAAACGUUUUAUCUUUUAUAACCGUUUUGGGUUCACAUUUCUCCGUGAAUAAGUGUACAUCCAGACGUCGACAGCCGAGUUUGUUCGUUUGUUUCCUCGAAGGAGGAAAGCACAAGAGCAGAAGCCUGGAGAUACACGCUGAUCAGAUUGGUCAUGUCUGUUUUGCUUCAACCUUCCAGGUAAACUGCUGAGACCGAUUGUAGAAGCUUAGAUUGAGAAUGCACCAGUCUAUGAAAUCAACUCAUCUUGUCAAAACUGAUUGGGGAAAUUAGGCUGAUGACAGAUACCAGAGGUUUUUCUCCAACAGGUGGUGAUCACAUAAGAUUCCCUAUUACAGUGUACUUCAGGUUUACCAAGAUUCUCCUUUAGUGUCUGCACUUUGGAACUGGGAGAGAAUAACUGGAAAACGUGGAAAAAGAUUCCAUGUGUUCUCGCCAUCUGUUUCCACAGUGUCAGAUUAGCCUUCUGUGUAGAACGGAGAGGUAGUUCCUGGUUUUAACCGAGUCUAUGGCUGCAGUUCCACCUCAGAUACUUCAACAAGAUACCGGGAACAUUUGAAGAAAGUCAGUCCGGGCAGAUUCUAUCACAGAUUAUUUUAUUUUGGUGUUAACUUGUACUCACUGAUGAAAUCUGAGAACACAAAGAAUUACUGUCAUGAAGUUAUGCUUUAAAUCAGCGGUCCCCAACCUUUUUUGCGCCACGGACCGGUUUGUGCCCGACAAUAUUUUCACGGACCGGCCUUUAAGGUGUCGCGGAUAAAUACAACAAAAUAAAACUAGUACCGGUACCGAAAAAAAGAAGAUUUUUUCAUACCACACGUGAAAAGACCCAGGAAAACCGAGUUAACGAAAAAAACGAUAACAAAAUAACGCUAAAAACCGAUAAAAACCCUGAAAACCAUACAUUUCACACCCGAGUCUCAACUCUCGCGGACCGGUCCGUGGCCCGGGGGUUGGGGACUGCUGCUUUAAAUAACCUAGCUUUGUUGCUAACUUUAUUUGGAGCUAAAGCUGAAAGUUAGCACAGUCAAAUUGCUGGCAGUGACCUUUCAUUGCACACAAACUACUUGCUUAACUGGACUUUAGUUGUGGAUGAUAAUGUUACUUCUAAUUUUAAUGUGUGUAAUUCCUGUGUCUGGCUUCAGGCAGUCAAGAACACGUUGGUUUGACCACUUAUUUUAAGUCAGGUGUUAGCAGGUAACUUGGUGAUUGAAAUAGAAUAGAAUACCUACUUUAUUGUCAUAAAAUAAGCUAAUAAGAACCACAGUGCAAAACAAGCUAAUAAGACUUCCUCUGUCUCUUGCCAGUCCCCGUUUUUUCUGUCAGCAAGCUGUGCUAACAUUUGUGCUUAACCCUCCUGUUUGAUUCCAGCCUACAUUAGCUUAGCAGCGAUGAAUGAUUGGAUGUCAGCCUAAUCAGUGACUCCAGCACUAACAACAUGUACUACCAAGUGCACGUGCAUCUAUUAUGGCCUUAUGAGAAGAGCUCCAUAACCUCUUUUUUCUGUCCCUUGCUUGAAUCAGUGACACACGGGGGUAAUGCUACACACAUGACAACUGUACACUAAUGUAAAAAGCACACAGUGGGGUGAGUUGUGGAAAGACCCCAAACACUGACCUAGCUCUUUACAUUGAUAGACUUUCAUCCCUCUUAAGUCAGCAGAGUAAAGCCUCUUUUUGGACAGCUGAUCCAAUAUUAAUCUCACUGACUGUGAAGUGGGUGUGGUGGGGGUCAAGUAGCUAAUCACUUAAACUAACUAUAGAACAUAAAGAUGGUGAAGCUUUGAUGAGUAGCUGUAACUAUAAAACUAAACAAAAUGACGAUUAACAAACACAAACACGGCACAAUGUUCAACUUUAAAACAAUUAAGUACAAAAAGUGUAUAACAAUUU